CCGCGCCUUUCUUACAUCACCACUACGCAUGCGCCUUGGAAGGAGGGGCGAGCUUUUGGGAGACCGGCAGGAGGCGCGUCUUGGCUGCCGCCUAACGGCGCCUGCGCGGACGGGAGCCCGACUGGAACAUGGCGACUUGCGCUGAGAUCCUGCGGAGCGAGUUCCCCGAAAUUGACGGACAGGUCUUCGACUACGUGACGGGCGUCUUGCACAGCGGCAGCGCGGACUUCGAGUCUGUGGAUGACCUGGUGGAAGCGGUGGGGGAACUGUUGCAGGAGGUGUCCGGGGACAGCAAGGAUGACGCGGGCAUCAGGGCUGUGUGCCAGCGCAUGUACAACACUCUGCGCCUGGAUGAGCCACAGACCCAGGGAAACAGCCAGGUGCUACUAGACGCCCCCAUCCAGUUGUCAAAGAUAACAGAAAACUACGGGAGAAGGUGACUGCUUUUCUUAUCGCUUACAGACUGUGGCACCAAACUUCCAGGACUGCUAAAGAGGGAACAGUCCUCGACAGUGAAUGCAAAGAAGCUAGAGAAGGCUGAGGCUCGACUGAAGGCAAAGCAGGAGAAGCGCUCAGAGAAGGACACACUCAAGACCAGCACUCCUCUGGUCUUGGAAGAGGCAUCAGCCAGCCAGGCAGGCAGCAGAAAAGAGAGUCGGUUGGAAUCAUCUGGCAAGAACAAAUCAUAUGAUGUGCGAAUUGAGAACUUUGAUGUGUCUUUUGGUGAUAGGGUACUACUGGCUGGAGCAGAUGUGAACCUGGCAUGGGGCCGCCGCUACGGGCUGGUGGGUCGAAAUGGGCUGGGGAAGACGACACUCCUGAAGAUGUUGGCCACUCGGAGCCUGCGAGUUCCAGCCCACAUUUCCCUGCUGCACGUGGAGCAGGAGGUUGCUGGAGAUGACACCCCUGCCCUGCAGAGUGUGCUAGAGAGUGACACCAUGAGAGAGGACCUUCUGCAGAGGGAGCGGAAGCUCAGUGCCCAGAUUGCCACUGGCAGGGCUGAGGGCUCAGAAGCUGCACAGUUGGCGGAAAUAUAUGCCAAACUGGAGGAGAUUGAGGCUGACAAGGCACCUGCCAGGGCAUCAGUCAUUCUUGCUGGGCUUGGCUUUACCCCUAAAAUGCAGCAGCAGCCCACCCGGGAGUUCUCAGGUGGCUGGAGGAUGAGGCUGGCCCUGGCCCGGGCUCUGUUUGCUAGGCCAGAUCUUCUGCUGCUAGAUGAACCCACAAACAUGCUGGAUGUAAGGGCCAUCCUGUGGCUGGAGAAUUACUUGCAAACAUGGCCCUCUACAAUCCUGGUCGUCUCCCACGACCGCAACUUCCUGAAUGCCAUAGCCACAGACAUCAUCCACCUGCACAGCCAGCGACUAGAUGGCUACCGGGGAGACUUUGAGACCUUCAUCAAGAGCAAGCAGGAGCGGCUGCUCAAUCAGCAGCGGGAGUACGAGGCACAGCAGCAGUACCGCCAGCAUAUCCAGGUUUUCAUUGACCGAUUUCGCUACAAUGCCAACAGAGCCUCUCAAGUGCAGAGUAAACUUAAGAUGCUGGAGAAGCUGCCAGAGCUGAAACCUGUGGACAAGGAGUUGGAGGUGGUGAUGAAGUUCCCUGAUGGAUUUGAGAAGUUCUCACCGCCAAUUCUGCAACUAGAUGAGGUGGAUUUCUACUAUGAUCCUAAGCACAUCAUCUUCAGCCGUCUCUCCGUCUCUGCUGAUCUCGAGUCCCGCAUUUGUGUGGUUGGGGAGAACGGGGCUGGGAAGUCGACCAUGCUGAAGCUGCUUAUGGGGGACCUGGCACCUGUUCGGGGCAUCAGACAUGCUCACAGGAAUCUGAAGAUCGGCUACUUCAGCCAGCACCACGUGGAGCAGCUGGACCUGAGUGUCAGUGCUGUGGAACUGCUGGCCCGCAAGUUUCCCGGGCGGCCUGAGGAGGAGUACCGUCACCAGCUGGGCCGGUAUGGCGUCUCUGGAGAACUGGCCGUGCGCCCUGUUGCCAGCUUGUCUGGAGGCCAGAAGAGCCGGGUAGCCUUUGCUCAGAUGACCAUGCCCUGCCCCAACUUCUACAUUCUGGAUGAACCCACAAACCACCUGGAUAUGGAGACGAUUGAGGCUCUGGGCCAUGCUCUCAAUAAUUUCAGGGGCGGUGUGAUUUUGGUGUCCCACGAUGAGCGCUUCAUCCGGUUGGUGUGCCGGGAGUUGUGGGUGUGCGAAGGCGGCGGCGUCACCCGGGUCGAGGGCGGGUUUGACCAGUACCGCGCCCUUCUCCAGGAACAGUUCCGCCGUGAGGGCUUCCUCUAGGGCCACAGCCUGAGGACUGUGCCCAGGACGUGGACUGGUCUCUCAGACCCCUGGGCCACCAUGUAGGCAACCAUCUCCAGGCCACGGACUUCCCCCGACUUUGGGGACAGCCUUAUCUCCGAAUCUCCUUUUGACUGGAGCAUCCUCCGCACAACCCAGGGAGCCGCAUCUAAGUGUCUGUGAGGACUGGUCUUCAAGGGAAGGGGUGGGAGGUGCCCUCUGGCUAUAGAUCCCCCCACUGCCCUGGCUCUGACUGGGCCCCAAGUGGCUGCUGUGUAAAUUAAAUCUCCCCCUGCAUCUCCCUGGCCUCCUCUCUGCUGCUCCCUGGCAGGACUGCAGUACUUGUCCACUGUUAGGGGGUGUGGGCUCUGUGGUUUGGGGUUUUUAUAACACUUUUAUCAGUCAUGCAGAUGAAGCCAUGGCAGAACGAGUCUCUGGAAGGAGACGUCAUUAAAGCUGCUGGGCCUCAGAGGUCACCUGCCUGACUUCAGGUGGGCUGAAGGGCAGCGUAGUACAUCACUGGGGUGCUGUUCCCCAUAGCCCAGGCUCAGCCUUAGCUGAAGGGGGCUUGGGUUCUGCUGCCUCAGCCCCACUGCUUGUGGGAGUGAACUGAUGCUGUAAGCUGGUCUCCAACAUGUUUUGUCAACUGCUUAGUCCAGUGGUCUCUGACUUAGGCUCACCCUGCUUCUCUGAUCUAGACCCUCAGAUGGAGCUGAAGAGAAACCAAGAAACUAUCUUUGUCCCCAUUUUGCUUGGGUGGUUUCAUGUUCUUUAUUUUCCCUCGAACCACAUAGGUAGGGGCCUGGGAAGUAGGGAAUUGAGAAUGGGGUCGAGUGGGAAGAAACAGCACUUUGUUUUCAAAUGAAGCGAUCUCGGAGAGGAGAUGUUUAACAGAGGUAGUAUGGCUUAUAAAAUUGUUUCUUGAGGACUCAGCUGCUCUAUGUAAUUGUAGGAGGCACUAAAAUAGGAACCUUGCGUUUCUGAAAGAUAACGGAGAAACCAGAGUCUGCAGAAGGAACUGGUUGGCCUCAUGGAGAAUUGUAGUCACAGAGCUCAACCUAGGAUUCUUAGCCCCUGAGGCUAUCGUGGUGUGUAGGUAGCUGGGGGAAAGAACCUGUUUUGGAGGAAAGGAGAAUAAAGACAGGAAGGCUUUGUUAACUACAGAGCAGGUGCUGAUGGACACAGGAAGCUGGCCAAAGGGCCGCUCGUCGGCCAGCCUCCUCAACCUCCCUCCCUCUCCCAUGUCUGUGGCCAUGCGCACCCUCAAAGUCCUGAGAGCCUUCUCACAGCCCCCACCAAACUCCCAACCUCAGGCCUGCAGGUGGGCCAGUCAGGGGCCAUCUGGGGUGGGCUCCGUGCCUGCCUGUUUGCCAGGCUCUCAGCCCUUUCACCCCUCAGUAACUUGUGAAUCCCUGUAGGAGUCUUCAACUCCUCAGUCAGUAAAAAUGCAGUGGAAGGGUUCUGUGACACAGAGUCUGCUUCUUUGGAGGUGGCUUUGUGUACAGAGAGCACAGGCAUUGGAGCUGGGCCUGAGAUCAAGUCCCAGCAACAUCACUAGUCAUAGAGGGAACCACCAGCAUUAGCUAGGUAACCACAGCAAAUCGCUGAACCUUUUUGAACACCUGCCUCCUUGGUUUUUCUUUAUAGGAUUGUUGUGAGGAUUAGCUGGCGAGCACAUAAUACAUAAGCACUCAGAAAGUGAUUCUUAGGCGACCAGUCUAUGAUUUGAAGACUAUUAUUUGAGAAAAGAGGUAAAUUUUCUCUUGAGUAACUCCAGAGGUAGACCAGUUUGGGCUCAAAGGAAGGAAAACUUUUUAAAUAGCUCAGGCUGCUUUCUGAGAGUGAGUCCCCAUCUCAGACUGUUCAGCCCUGCCAGGCUCUGGAGAAGGGCUCUCUGGUUGGAGGAGCACUAGAUAGCCUCCGGGUUGGCUUCCAAUUUUAUGAUUCCAUGAAAGAAACAUGAAGAGCUUUUAUAUAUGACAAUAUAAGCCUAUGCUGCAGGACUUCAGAAAGGUAGGAUGAAUGAAUUGCAGCAGCUGAGAAAGACCCUACAAAAAGUAUAAAGUGAACUUCUGGAAAUUAGGGAAGGGGAGUUGGCAGAAGAUGGUUGUCUUGAGGGAUGGAGAAUGUGGGCAAAGUCACGCAGCUCCAUCCUAGAGAGCACAGGGCAGGGAGGAGAGAGGCAGGUGACACAGAAGACUGCUCUUGAUCAUCCCAGGUAGCCCAUCAUGGCAGCCGCCCCUUUCAUGCUGUGGAGAGCCUAUCUAACCCCAACCACUGGGAAGCUGAUCCUUCCACAGCUGCUGGUGCUGGAGCUGCCCUGCCCACGUGAGGUCUUUAAACCAACCCCAAGCUGGCGGGGUUGAAAGGCCUCAGUCUGCAGGCUCUUCAUUGAGAUCCUGGCCUCCCUGCUUCUGCUGGCCUUCCCACACUCAAUGCCUUCUCAGACAACCUGGCCGGUUCCCAGUGGACCGGGGUGCGAUGGGUCUCUGUAGCAAUCUGCAUGCCGUUCAAAGAUGCCAGUCACAGAAUUAUUUAUUCCAGUGUGAUCUUAACUGUCUUGAGAUUUGCUCGAUGUAGACAUUCUACUAAGCUCUCACUUGUUUCCAGGUAAAUUUUAGCACAGAAUAGGAGAGAAGGUGCCUCUUACCCUGUCUGGCCAUGCCCCAGCCAGAUCUGUCAUUUUGGAACAGAACAUCCUGCUAGGAGCUCCUCCCCAGGCCUGGUCGGGUCCACCCACAGAUAGAAACCAAACAACGCCCCGCUAGCGUCAGAGCACCGUGGCUGUGCAUCAGCCUGAGCAUGCAGACUCGAUGACAGCCUCCAGGAGGUGCCAGGUGGGCUGGCAGGGUAGGUUCAUCACCCGACUGCAGGGCUGGGAGGGUUUUUCAAACCCGGAGCAAUGGACUCUGCUUCAACCCCACGCUCCUUCGGGUGGGUUUCCCAGGACUGUGUGCUGCCCCCAUGACAAGCUGCAUGCGGUUAUUAUUAAGAUCGUAGUUUCCAGGUUGCCUUGAUAUCCCUGAAUGGCUUGCUCGUUUUUGCAUCUUCUAUGCAUCUUCCAAGCUCAAUUAAAAUGCUUGGUAAGUGAAUAUUUGGGGAACACUGAUGUGAGAAAAAGUAGACAACAGCAUUGGAGGAGGAGAGAGCAGAGGCAAGGAGACCAGCAGGGAGGCCAUGACCAAAGUCCAGCCCUAAAGACAUGGGGUCAAGAUGAUGGAGGCGGAGGUGAGAUCAGGGAGGGUGGUGUGCAGACUGAGCAAGAGGUUUUGAGUUCUGCCCAAACGAGGGAGGGCUCCUUUUUCUGGGCCUGAGUCUUGAAAUAAGUGAAAUGAAAUGAAAGCUUUACGACACUAAGGUUAAAAAGGGAUCCUUUUGAACCUCCCCUUGUUCCUUUCCACACAAUGCUAAGGAAAUACUAACGGUUACUAUUUAUUGGGGUCUUUUGUAACAGAUACCAUUGUAAGUGCUUUACUUGCCCUAAAUCAGUCCUCACAACCCUACAAACUGGCAAAGUUAUUAUCCCCAUUUUACAGAUAAGGAACUAGAGUUGACAGUGGGUGUCAGGGCUGGGAUUCAGGCCAGGCUGGCUCCAGACCUCAGCUCUUAAGCUGCCAGUUAGCUCCUGCUGUGACAGGCUGAACGGUCCAGUUCGUAAUUCCAACACUUAAAACUCAUCAUUCAUUGCAAGGGGCAGGAGAGGGGUGAGGUUUGAACAAGCUUCUCUCAGGAGUGCAAGCUGAUGAGCGGGAGUACCUGGCACAGGGCCUGACAUGCUACGUGCUCAGGGAAUCGUUAAGUGGUCUGAAAACACACAGUACAGCGAAGAGUCUCACGCGGGGUCCGUUAGCCCAGCUCUACCACUGAGGGCAUCUUGGGCAAGUCAACCUCUCCGAGUAAAUUCUCCUUAUCCAUAAAAUGGGCAUAAUGCAGUUUGUCCUGCCUGCUUCUUUGGGUGGUUGGAUGGAUUAAUUGAAACAAGGUCUUGUACAAACUGAAUAAAUUUUUUCAUAAACUGUAAAGUGCUAUGGAUCCCAAAGGGUAGCAUUUCAUGGGAGAACUGAUGUGGCAGCAGCCUAGAGUCUCCUCUGGAGAUGAAGAAUCAGACAUGAGCACACACAUGGUCAGGGCCAUCAUCAGGAUGUCGCCGCAGGAGGGCCACCCCACAGCCCUCCUUGUCUGCUGCGCCAGGCAUCAGCGUGUGCGCGGGAAUGCAGCACGAGAGCGCCCAGCACCUGCUGACUUGCAUGCGGUUGGGCAGAAAUCACCGUGUAAUUUAAGCCCAUUAUAAUAUGUAUACAUCAUGCCCUGUCAGUAAUUCUAGGUUUCUGUUUUCCUUAUGUUAAAUAAAUGGGUGGUUUGGAAGUGA